GAAAACCGCCAAAAUAAUCUGGCCACACUGAUUAGAAAUGCAACAUAAACAAAUCGGUUGUGCACGUAUCGUAAACAGAGCGCCAGGAAAAUAAGAAAAAUGAGCGUAACACUCCACACAGACGUUGGAGACAUCAAGAUCGAGCUGUUUUGCGACGACUGCCCCAAAACUUGCGAAAACUUCCUAGCCUUGUGCGCUAGCGAUUACUACAAUGGCAAUUUGUUUCACAGAAAUAUCAAAGGAUUCAUCGUUCAAACGGGUGACCCCACGGGGACAGGCAAGGGUGGCCAGUCAAUUUGGAAACGAAAGUUCGAGGAUGAGUUUAAAGAAAACCUGAAACAUAACGAACGGGGGAUGGUGUCGAUGGCGAACAGUGGACCAAACACAAAUGGAAGUCAAUUCUUUUUUACCUAUGCCGCACAGACUGCCUUGGACCUCAAGUAUACGUUGUUUGGCCAAGUAAUAGAUGGAUUCGAAGCCUUGGAUGAGCUGGAGAAACUCACUGUGAAUCCCAAAACCUACCGCCCUGUGGUAGAAAAGAAAAUUAACAGUGUUACGAUACAUGCGAACCCACUGGCCGGGUAGAUUAAAAAUGUAUUAAAUAAAUUUGUAAUGCUAUUAAAA